UGUAAAAACAAUCUUAAAGCUACCAGAUAGAAAUUUAGAGAUGACCGUGCCAGGUUAUAAUAAGCCUGAUGCAGACCUGCAGUGGCUGAAUACACCGCGUGAAUGGUCCUGAUGAGAGUGUGCGCUGCCUGCUGACAAAAGAGGGAAAAGAGACGAGUGAUCCGCUCUGUGCGUCAGGACGCACAAGAUAACCGCAUAUGGUCAGCGUGCUGUCUUAAUUUCACCGGGUGAUCUCAACCCGUUUAGCUGCAUGAAGGUGACGAGUCGUCAGUUUGGAGGUAAAGCGCGAGGAGGCACGUCAGACAUUCAAGAGUCUGAUUUGCCUUACAUGCAGACGUUUUGCGAGGGUGGUACAUUUGUUCACAUGCGCACCUUCUAACCAGCGACAGACGUACAACACGAGUUAGAUCCGAUAAUGUUCUUCUGUAAUUUAAGAUUUCAGGCAUCGUCAGCGUCAUAGUAACCUUCAUGUCAUUAUUAUUUCUAUCCAGGAUGAUGGUGGCGUCGCUGCUAUUUAUUUUGAUGCCCAGACGGGCGCAUUUUCGUGACAAUCGACUCCGUCCGUAAGGAUUUUGAACCACUACCUUUUCUUUUUUUUUUUUUUUUUCGUUUUUUUUAUUUUUUUGUUUUUUUUUCCCUUUCAUUUUUUUCUAUUGGUUUGACUUUAAGGUAUCAGCCUAUUAAUUUUUAAUUCUUAUGCAUUCGCACGAAGACGGUAGCAGAGGGAAGAAAACGAGUGAUAACCAGAGGGGGAGAAAAGGAGAAGAAGGCAACUGAGAAGAGAAACUAGAAUGAAUGAGACACACUGAGCAACCCAGAAGGAGUUUGGAGGGAUCGAGGGUCACCCUGAGAGAGGGUGUAAGCUGAGGAAAGUGCCACCCCACUCACCUGUGCCUGCUGAUCACCUCUAGAUUUUAGCACCAUCUCUUGCUCUACCCUCUGCUCAGCGUCAAACAUCAAACAUGGCUUUUGCUGUCUGGAUCUUCUUCACCUGCGCUGUGAUUCUCAACAACAUUGCCCCAUCCUCACAGGCUCUGAGCCGGUCAAUGAUGCCCUUCGGCUUGAUGCGCCGGGAGCUGGCAUGUGAAGGCUACCCGAUCGAGUUGCGUUGCCCGGGAAGCGAUGUCAUCAUGAUUGAGACAGCAAACUACGGCCGCACUGAUGACAAGAUCUGUGACGCAGACCCCUUUCAGAUGGAGAAUGUGCAGUGCUACCUGCCCGACGCCUUCAAAAUAAUGUCACAGAGGUGUAAUAAUCGCACUCAGUGUGUGGUGGUUGCAGGGUCAGAUGUGUUCCCAGACCCCUGCCCAGGGACCUACAAGUAUUUGGAGAUCCAGUAUGAGUGUGUUCCCUACAAAGUGGAUCAAAAAGUAUUUGUGUGCCCGGGGACACUGCUGCGGGUGCAGGUGCCCAGCUCUCAGCAGGAGGCAGAGCACCAGGCAGGAGCAUGGUGCAAGGACCCUCUGCAGUCUGGGGACCGUCUGUACGUCAUGCCAUGGACCCCAUACCGCACUGACAUGCUGUAUGAGUAUGCCUCCUGGGAAGACUUCAAACAGAACCGAGCCACCACCACCUACAAGUUGCCCAACAGAGUGGAUGGCACAGGGUUUGUUGUGUAUGACGGUGCAGUAUUUUACAACAAAGAACGCACAAGAAACAUAGUCAAGUAUGACCUACGUACACGCAUUAAGAGUGGUGAAGCCAUUGUCACAAAUGCUAACUAUCAUGACACUUCACCUUACCGCUGGGGAGGAAAGUCGGACAUUGACCUGGCUGUGGAUGAGAAUGGCCUUUGGGUGAUUUACGCUACUGAAUCCAACAAUGGACGACUGGUGGUCAGCCAGGUGAACCCUUACACCCUGCGCUUUGAAGGCACCUGGGAGACUAGCUUUGACAAGAGGAUGGCCUCCAACGCCUUCAUGGCCUGUGGAGUGCUUUAUGCAGUGCGUUCAGUCUACCAGGAUGAUGACAGUGAAGCAGGCGGUGACCUGAUCAUGUAUGCAUAUAAUACCAACCAUGCACGUGAGGAACCUGUCAACAUCGCUUUCCCCAACCCCUAUCAGUACAUUUCCUCUGUGGAUUACAAUCCCCGAGACAACCAACUUUAUGUGUGGAACAACUAUAAUGUGCUUCGGUAUCCGCUAGAGUUUGGACCACCUGACCCCACCACUGGCCCUCUGACCACCGCCCAAGUGACCACCACUCCUCCAGCAAAGCCGUUCACAUCCAGUGUCAGCCCUUCUACUGCUCGCCCUCUGGCCCCCACCUCACGCCCAAUUGGAUCCAUCAACAAGCAUCCUGAUCUGCGUCCAAUCACAGCCACAGUGCCUGUUACCCGCCGGCCUCCCCGCCCUCCUCAAGACCCAGUGCGCUUUGUCUGUGAGGCUAAGCUAGUCCGAGGUGUCCAGUGGCCCACCACCCAGCGAGGAGAAACAGUAGACCGGCCAUGUCCCAAAGGAUCUCUUGGCAUUGCUUCAUUCCAGUGCCUGGCGGCUCAGGUCAUGUGGAAUCCACGGGGUCCUGACCUGAGUAACUGCACCUCCCCAUGGGUCAACCAGGUGGCCCAGAAGAUAAAGAGUGGGGAGAAUGCUGCCAACAUAGCGGGUGAGUUGGUGAACCAUACACGGGGUCGGAUCCAAGCUGGAGAUGUUAGCUCUUCUGUUCGGCUGAUUGAGCAGCUGCUGGAUAUUCUGGAUGCUCAACUUCAGGCCUUCAGGCCUGGAAAUAGAGAGUCAGCAGGACGAAACUACAAUAAGUUCCAGAAACGUGAACGGACCUGCCGAGCAUUUAUCCAGGCGGUGGUGCAAACAGUGGACAAUUUACUCCGUCCUGAAUCUUUAGAAUCGUGGCAAGACAUGAACAGCACAGAGCAGGCUCACACUGCCACCAUGCUACUGGACGUCCUGGAAAAAGGAGCAUUCCUGCUGGCCAAUAAUAUGUACGGGAAUCGCUUCUCUGACCGAGCCCCCAGUGUUGAUCUCGAGGUGCACGUUGUCAACACAGAGAUGGAGCUGCAGGACUUGUCAUUCCCUCAAAAUUACGCCAGUGACAGCACCAUCCAGCUUUCAGCCUCCACGAUCAAACAGUACAGUCGCAACGGACAAGUAAAGGUGGUGUUCAUUCUGUAUAAAAAUUUGGGAUCCUUCCUGUCCACUGAGAACGCCACAGUGAAGAUGGAAAUGGAGGGGCCGAACCAUGAAAAGAAGCAACUUACAGUCAACUCCCACGUAAUUGCUGCCUCCAUCAACAAAGAGUCCAGCAGAGUGUUUCUUACUCAGCCAGUGGUUUUCACACUGAAGCAUCUACAGAUGGAAGAUUACUACACUCCAAACUGUUCCUUCUGGAACUACUCUGAGCGCUCCAUGACAGGCCAGUGGUCGUCGCAGGGCUGCAGGCUUCUGGAUACCAACAACACACACACCACCUGCUCCUGCAGCCAUCUCACCAACUUUGCCGUGCUCAUGGCUCACCAUGAGCCCAAUGGCCGGAUGCACGAACUGAUCCUGUUUGUGAUCACCUGGGUGGGCAUCGUCAUCUCCCUGGUGUGUUUAGCCAUCUGCAUCUCCACUUUCUGCUUCCUGCGAGGCCUGCAGACUGAUCGCAAUACAAUCCACAAGAACCUCUGUAUCAACCUCUUCAUUGCUGAACUGCUCUUCCUCAUCGGCAUCGAUAAGACGGAAUACCAUAUUGCCUGUCCCAUCUUUGCUGGCCUUCUGCAUUUCUUCUUCUUGGCUGCCUUCUCCUGGAUGUGUCUGGAGGGUGUGCAGCUCUAUCUCAUGCUCGUGGAGGUCUUUGAGAGCGAAUACUCACGCAAAAAAUACUACUAUCUGUGCGGCUACUGCUUCCCCGCACUGGUGGUGGGCAUCUCCGCAGCCAUAGACUACAGGAGCUAUGGGACCAAGAAAGCAUGCUGGCUGCGAGUGGAUAACUACUUCAUCUGGAGCUUCAUUGGACCCGUUUCAUUUGUUAUUAUGCUUAAUCUAAUUUUCCUCACGAUUACUCUACACAAGAUGAUCCGAAACUCUUCAGCACUCAAGCCUGACUCUAGUCGCCUGGAUAACAUAAAGUCGUGGGCUCUAGGGGCAAUCGCACUGCUGUUCCUCCUUGGGCUAACGUGGGCUUUUGGUCUCCUCUUUAUUAAUGAGAAUACGGUAAUCAUGGCCUAUCUGUUCACCACCUUCAAUGCCGUCCAGGGCAUGUUCAUCUUCAUCUUCCACUGUGCCCUGCAGAAGAAGGUCCAUAAGGAGUACAGUAAAUGCCUGCGUCACUCCUACUGCUGCAGCCGCACUUCCACCAGCAGCUCCCAUGGUGCCCUGAAGAACUCAGGCCUUCGUGCCAACAAUCGCUACUACAGCGGCAGCCAAGCUCGCCAUGCAGCGGCCCACAGACAGAGUCGGAUCCGUAGGAUGUGGAAUGACACGGUUCGGAAGCAGACAGAAUCUUCCUUCAUGGCAGGAGACAUCAACAGCACCCCGACACUCAACCGAGCAACCAUGGGCAAUCACCUUCUGACGAACCCAGUGUUACAGACUCGCACUGGUACGUCUCCUUACAACACUCUGCUGGCUGAAAGCUUCACCCCGCCCUCACCUGGUGUCUUCAACUCUACCGGAACCUUCCGUGACCCAAAGAGUACACUGUCUAAGCCCCGUGACCCAUGUGGAAUGGAAACUCUUCCCUUGAAUGGCAACUUCAACAACAGCUACUCUAUGCGCAGUGGCCCAUCAGGUGGUGGUGGGGGCAGCUGUGACUUUCUAAGUAGUGGAGGUGGUGACACUCCUUCGCCUAUGUUCAAUCCCCGCAGUUCAGAAACCCUGGGAGGUGGAGGGAUCCGACGAAAUCUCUCUGAUGCUGCAGCCUUUGAGAAAAUGAUCAUCUCUGAGCUUGUGCACAACAACCUAAGAGGUGGUGUUGUCGGGGGAAGCGGAGGAGGUGCAGGUGAUGCAGAGGACAGAGCAUAUGGCAGUCUGGCCAGGGGACAUCCCAACAGUGGGGUUGGCCGGGGGACAGCUGUGGCCAGGCCAGAACCGUCAGUGAGCAUGGAUGAAGAUGAUGAGUUUCUGAGAGAAGCACGGCAGCGAACACCACAGGAUGUGGAGCUGCUAUACAAAGCUCUGGAGGAGCCCCUGCUGUUACAGCGUGCCCAGUCAGUCCUCUACCAGAGCGACCCAGAGGAGUCAGAGAGCUACACGGCCGACCUCACAGAGAGCCUCGGCCACAGUGGCCACAGCAGUCAAAGUGCUGGUGGGCAGGGAGGCAACAAGGUACCAGACUCCCCUGCCCAUGACUCCCUGUACACCAGCAUCACCAACCUGCGAGACUCGCCUUACCCUGACAGCAGUCCUGAGCCCCUGGAGGUGGUGCCUCGUUCAGCUCAGCCCCCUGAGGAGCUGUACUACAGUUCUGGGAGGCCCGCCCUGGGAUCUCGCGGGGCCCCCAUGCAGACCUUCUACCAAGCCCCACCCCGGAGACCUAGUGGGGAGGGACAUCAGGCUCAGGAGCCUGCCCACAAUGAAGGAGAUGGACAGAUGCAACUGGUCACCAGCCUGUGACUGGAGCCUAAAGGAGGAACCUGGGGACUAUUGUGAUGACCAGAGCCUCCUAUUAGCUCGUCUAUUCUCAUGUGUCUCCACUUUCUGCUUGUUUGGUUGCCUUUCUUUCUCUUGACUUUUAUUUAACUAACAUAUGAGCAAACAGAUUGACCUUCUAGGGAGUUGUUGCUGACUCUGCAGAAGCAGCCUUUACCAUCAACCUUCCCCUGUCCUCUGGAGAUGAAUGAUGAGUGUUUUUUCUGCAGAGUGUUGAUCAGCUCUGUCUAACCUCAGUCAUCACCAGUUCCUUUGGUACCCCAAGGCCAAGUCCAGCACUCUGAAUGUACCAAUCCACCCCUAUUACCUUCAGAUAUUUCAAAACUUUAAAACUUUGUUAAAAGUUUUAUAUGUGAUUUCUCUUCAUACCUGCCUCCCGAGAUCGGGAUAUUAUUUUGUACUUUGUCUCAUUUCCCUUUCUUACCAUCUAUUGGUCUUUUUUAAGUCUUUAUUUGAUAGGUGUAGUUAGCUGAGGAGACAGGGAGUACAGUACACCAUUAUUACCUAAAAAAUGUCUCACAGAAAGCUCUUCAUUGUUGCCAAAAUAUCUUUUAUUGAGCCAGAACAGAAACAAGGACAUUUGCAAGGCGCACACACGCACACACACACCCACAUACACUCUGAAUUCAUCCAGAAGUGCUCAUUUCUGAACAUCAAAAGUGAAGACAGUACUUCAUCUGAGUAAAAGAGAGCAAGAGCUUUUAUUCCAAGCAGGCAGUGGGAGCUGAUUCAUUGUAGUUGCCUUCAUUUUCUCUUGCUGUGAAUUGAAGACUGUACAGAAGUGGAGUAGAGGUGGAGACAGAGACUGAGGAGGCGCUGCACCACCUGUCCAGAGCAGGAUAGUCUGCACCCAUAAGACUGAGCAACACUCGCCACUGUUCUCUGUGGCUAUUUUGCUUUAGGCAUUUGAAAAGUUUAAUGACUGCCUUGCUGUUGUUUGAAGAGAAUAUUCAAUUUGUUGACUGGGGCUACAUCCUGGGGCUCCAAAUGUGGAUUGGUGUCAUCCCCCCCUCCUCUUGUACUUCGCUGUUAUAGCCUAGACAGUUGAACUGGACUUGAUUUUUGUGUGUUGUUGUGACAAACAUGACUGUAAAUGUCACAAACACAAUGGCCAACAAAUUGGUAUAACCGUGUACAUAGGAACCACACAUGAAUCUACUUUAUUCCUACUAUGUAAAUAGACACCAGAUGAUCAAAAGCAACAAAAGGUAAUAAAUAAUAUGAAAAAUGACUUCUUGUACUACAACAAACUUAUGUAAAGAAAGGAAUAAAAAAUGUUUUGGAGUUGUGAUCUGAAUGAAACACUAUCUCUCUCUCCCCCGCUGCUUGAUCUCUCUUGCUCUUUUUUUUUAUGAGGUAUUGUGUUGUUCCAUGAAAU